AUGGAUGUUUUGUUAGAUGUCGGAGCUACGAUACAACAUGCUGGCCUUGCCAGUCAGAACUUUCCACCUUUUCCAGCUCACUCACUGGCAAUUGUCAGAACAACCCAGGUAGACGAUCAAAUAGAAACAUUAAUAUCUACAAUCAAAGUAGAUUCAGGCGUUGACCCUACCGCGACUUCAGUGCGCGAAAAUGCAACCUUUUGGGGUUAUGAAAGUGGUGUCAAAACAGACAACAACGCCAUUAGAAUGAAUCUUUAUUUAAUGAAUGUAUUAAUAGAUGAUGAUACGGAUUAUGAUGCAUUUACAGAUCUUCUAACAAAACAUUCGGGAUCUCAUCCCAUCUCAUCUCAUCUUAGGCGCCAUGAGAACCUCUACCACUCAGACAUCUAUCUCUCCAUAUUUAAAACGGCACUACAUUCUGAGAGUUGUUAUUUGGGAUGGGACAAAGCCAAGGUUCAACUCACGGAAUCUGUGCCUAAAACUGGCGGGCAUUUCGGAAACGAUAUGUUAAAAUAUGGCAAAGCAGUCUAUUUCGAACCCACUGAAUGCCUGCCUGGAUGGAAGAAUGGUUUCUGGGGUGAAGAAAACUAUGCUCGGCUCCUAGCCGUUAAAAAGAAGUAUGAUCCUAGAAAUUUGUUCGUGUGUUUUCAUUGUGUUGGUUGUGGCCGUAAUGAAGAAAAACAACACCUAAAAUAUCGUGUCCAGAAUUCCUAUCUGAGCCUUGUACAUUGA